AUGGGCGUCACCAGGCGGGCGCUAGGACCCGAGAUAAAGUCGCUGCAGUUUUUCUUGAACCGAACUGCGGUACUGAAGCUGUACCGAGAGUUUCUCCGCAUUUCAAAGCCACUGGCUACUGAAGUGCAACUGGACGUGCGUCGUCAGAUUCGCGCUGGCUUUGACGCCUGUCGCGACGAGGAGGACGAGCAGCAUGUGAGUCUUUUGCUGCGACAAGCGCGCGAUCAAAUGAAGAUGGUGAGUGACUCGGUAGACACUGCAAUGGCGCAGCAACGAGAUGAGCGGAUUCGGGAGGGAGGUGAUGCGGUGGCUGCCAAGCAAAAAGGGGGAGCUGCAGAAACCGUCACGUCUGACAUGUGGGUGGAAUUGUCAUCGGAAAAGGGCGAUGGUACGGAGGACGUCAAGGGUCGCGUGGGCUCUGGAUGGCCAUGGAAGAGCGGCAAAGUCACCGAGAAGCUAGAUCUGGUCGGGAUUAAGCGACGCUAA